AUGGCUACAGCCACCCCCGGGCCCGUUACAACAGUCCCGCCUACAACUACGUUACCGUCAACGGGCACCUCAACGGUAGCGCCCCCACCUACCACACAACCACCACCACCAACAACCACAAAGCCUCCCGUACCACCUAUCACUACCCAAACCCCACUGGACAAGGACGCCCUACUGAAAAAAGCGGCCGAACUCGACAAACUGGCCAAGGAUGAAAUAGCCAAAUUUGACAAACUGCAACGUCGGGCACUGGUAUCCAACGUCGAGAGCCUGGACCAGACUCUGCUGGAUUUGGCCGCCAAGAUCAACACUACCUCCGGCGUACUGCCCCUCCAGGUGCUCGAGUCGCAGCUGUUUUGGAUAGAGCGGGAGUUGGGACUGGAGAUCGAGGCCAUCGAAGCGGCCUAUAAUAUGGUCGAAAAGCUGCUGAACAACGCCCAGCUAUUAGACGCCCGGAUCGAUAAGGGUAUCCAAAAGGUAGGCCCCGACACACCCGUGGGUAAGGCCCUCAAGGAGGAGAAAGAGUCGCUCGCAAAAGUGGUGAAUCAGUUAAAGGCGGCCACGGAUGCGAGAACCAUAGCGGUGCUCGAGUUUGACCUGGCUCUCAUCGAGGAGAGAGUUAAUACUGAGGUUCCACCUAGAUACUAAUUGUGUGAUUUUAAUUAUAAUAAGUCAAAUAAAUAGUUGUUUUUAUUUAA